AAAUUUUAUGGCAAUAUAGUUUUGACUGGUUAUUUAGCUAACAUGAUACUGUCUCGUUCAAAGCCGGCGGCGGACAGUCGCGGCAGCACAGGUAGCAGUUCCGCUAAAAAGAAUUUCCCUGAGCUGGAAGACUUCAUCCUUAAAAGAGAUUAUGUUGGUGCCCUCACCAUGCUCGAGUUCCUGAAACACGAAGGUAAUAAAGAGGUAUGGGCGGAGGUGUGGGCGGCUUGGUGCUGGUUCCACCUGGGGGAGUACAGACAGGCGCUGGACGCGUACGAACACAUUAAAGCUCUCGGAAAUCUGGAUUCGAGAGUCGCAGACAAUAUUGACAUGGACCUCGCCGUCUGCUAUUUUUACUUAGGUAUGUACAAGGAGUCUCAGCAAGCGGUAGAAAAAGCCCCCAAAUGUGCAUUGAAGACGAGGCUGCAAUUCCACCUGUCGCAUAAGCUGGGCGACGAAGACUCCCUGAUGCGCGCCCACGCGUCCCUACGUGAUGUCCCCGAAGACCAGCUCAGUCUGGCCUCCGUUCAUUACCUGCGCGCUCACUACCAAGAAGCUAUUGAUGUCUAUAAGAAAUUGUUACUGGAUAGACGAUAUAAACGAUAUGGACCAGACGACAUGGAUUGGAUUAAAAUACUAUGUCACACCUCGGGCACAUACAUGGCUCUGAAUGUGUACGUAGCUCUGUGUUACUACAAGUUGGAUUACUAUGACGUGUCGCAAGAAGUCCUCGGAGUGUAUCUCGCCCAACACCCUACCUCCACAGUCGCAGGCAAUUUGAAGGCGUGUAACUUGUUCAGAUUAUAUAAUGGUAAAGCAGCUGAAAACGAACUAAAACAAAUAUCGUCCGAACAGCACACGUUCGGUCAGGACUUGGUCAAACACAAUCUCGUUGUGUUCAGGAAUGGCGAAGGUGCUUUAAAAGUGCUACCAGAGCUGGUAGACGUAGUUCCGGAGGCACGUCUAAACUUAGCGGGGUACAGGUUACGUGCCCGUGAACCACUGGAAGCGCGUGCACUACUUGAACCAUUGCAGCCGACCUCACCACUACACUACAUACUGAGGGCAGUUGUCGCUGUACGACUUUACAACGAGACUGGAGACGAAGAACAGAUGAAGUUGGCCCAACAGAGUUUUCACUUGGUGGGUAGUUCAGCGUCGGAGUGCGACACGAUCCCUGGCCGACAAUGCAUGGCGUCUUCAUACUUCCUCGCGUCACAGUUCGAGGAGGUGCUCGUGUAUCUUAACUCGAUCAAGAGUUUCUUCGUUAACGACGAUACGUUCAACUUCAAUUAUGCACAGGCUAAAGUAGCGACGGGCUUCUACCGAGAAGCAGAGGAGUGUCUCCUUAGCAUCCACGACGAGAACAUCCGCGGCUGCUUCACUUACCUGGCUUGCUUGUGCCGAUGCCACGUCAUGAAUAAGGACGCUCACCUUGCCUGGGAGAUCUGUGUCAAGUCAGCUGGAACUCCGGACAGCUUCGCGCUGCUGCAACUGGUAGCGAAUGACAGCUACCGUAUGGGACAGUUUCUGGUGGCUGCUAAAGCGUUUCACAUGUUAGACAGGCUAGACGGCGGCCCGGAGAUGUGGGAGGGGCUGCGCGGCGCGGCGUGCGGCUGCGCGCAGGCGGCCGCCGCCGGCCGGCCGCGCGCCGCCGCUCACCUCGCCGAUGCACUCGCCCUCCUCAAAGGUCCCAGAGCCCACCCAAGAGCUGACCAUAUAGUCAGGCCAAUAGUGAAGUGGGCGCAGCAAAACCGGAUACCCGUUUGAUGAGAAGCUAAGUCGUACAAUGAGAUCUGAAUAUGAACUACGCACAAAAAUCUCAUGAUGGUCUAGCAGUUUAGCACUUCGUCUUAUUUGGGAUGUUGCGGGAUCAAUUCCUCAC